GCCGAGCCCAGUCGCGCCUCCUCGCCGCCCUGCGCGCUCCCCGCCGCGCCCCGCGCCCCCGCUGCCCCCGCGCUCCAACGCCCCCCGGCCUGGCCCGGAAGGGCGCUGCCCACCCGAGGGAGCCCGCGCCCCUGCAGCCCCUGCGCCCGCCGCCCCACGAGCCGGGCACCUGUGCCAGGUAGGGCUGUCGAGUAGCCGUCGGACGCGGCCCGACGGGGAGACAGCGGGGGCGCCCGCCGGGGACCCCACGCCUGAGGCCGAGCUCGUACCCAGCCGGCUCCCCGCCACCCUCCUGAGAUCCAGGAGUGCAGAGACUCGGAACCGUUCUCAGUCGCAGGAAGCUGGACGCCUGCUGCCUCCUUCUCCACUCGAGCCCCCGCAGUUGACCUGUCCCUUUAGUCUGGACCUUGCUGGAAGCCAGCAGGGCCCCUGGGAAGUGGAGCAGCAGGACUGGCUGCUCCACUGUCCCAAACCCAGUAGGGCAGGGGCUGGCUGACGGGGGGUCCCGAAGCCGAGUGGUUCAAUGAGCGGCUGCAACCCCAACUCAGCCACCAGCCAGGAGCCCUGUCAAGUCAACCGCGAAAGGGCCACACAGCAGAUAUGAUGAGCCUCUCGGCCCUCGGAGGCAGCCACAAAGGGAAGGCGCUCUCGCCAGGCGAGGAGGAGCGCAACAACGUCCUCAAGCAGAUGAAAGUGCGCACCACGCUGAAGGGGGACAAGAGUUGGAUCACCAAGCAGGACGACUUGGAGGGCCGCACCAUAGAACUGCCCUCCAGCCGGAGCCGCGCCACCUCCUUUUCCUCAGCAGGGGAGGUCCAGAAGGCCAGGCCUCCGAACACCAGGGCUCCCGACGGCUACAUCAUCAGGGGAGUGUUCACCAAGCCCAUACACAGCUCAUCCCAGUCCCAGCAGCACUUUCCCAAGGCCAAUGGCGCUCCAAAGAGUGCCGGCAGUCUGGUGAGAGCAGCUAGUGCCAGUGCUCCCCGGCCCUCUUCCUCUGGCUACAAGAUGACCACUGAGGAUUACAAGAAGCUGGCCCCCUACAAUGUCAGGCGCAGCUCAUCCUUGGGGGCUGUGGAGGAGGAGGAGGCACCCUUCUCUUCUGACGAGCAGAAAAAGAGGUCGGAGGCUGCGAGCAGCGUGGUGAGGAAGACGGCACCCCGGGAGCACUCCUACGUUCUGUCAGCGGCCAAGAAAAGCGCCGGCAGCCCCACCCAGGAGACGCAGGCCCUGUUUAUCGUGAAGUGCAAGCUCCAGAGUGGCCAAGGAGGACACCAGCGCCCUGGAGACUGGCCAUGCAUCUCUUCUCUUCUCACCCAAAGGGUUGAGGUUGUGGAUGAAGACGGACCUUCUGAGCAGAGCUGGGACCCACCUGCUCUGGCAAGAUCCCCUGCUGGCCUCAGAAGGUACUCACGCACUCCUGUCUGCCCAGGGCCGCCAGCCAGGCCACCUCCUUGCUGGGCCUCAGGGGGGAGAAGUGAGGAGAUCGUCUGCCUGCAGAUCACGACACCCAGGGCAGACCUCCACCUGGUGGCUCCGGACCUGGAAGGAAGGAGGUCUCCCCCAGGCCUCAAAGACCAGGAGGCCCCCAGCUCCAGGGAGCCCCAGAGAGACGUGGCUGGUGAGGCGGCCUUCAAGGCCCCUGAUUCCGACUCCAAAAGGUCGAGCACAUGGUUGGGCGAUGCCACCCUGGCAUCCAGGGCCCCGAGUUCCCCACCUGCAGCCUUGGCCGGAGCAGACAUCGACUCGGCGCGAGGAGGCUCCAGCGCCACGUUGGCUCCUGCCGCCCCGGCUGACCUGAAGAGCAAAAGGCCACUGGACACGGAGGAUACUAAGGCCGACCCGCAGGGCGCCUUCUCUGGUGAUGGAGAAAAGAAGUGGAUCCCCAAGGCCGGGGAGGCCUGGCAGGAGGGACCUGGAGCCCUGAGAGGUGGCCCAAGAGACCCAGCUGCACCCAGCCAGUCGCCUGCAGAUGCCAGCUCCCCAGGGGGCCCAAGCAGCCCCAGAGCACCCAAACCCAAGCAGCUCAUGGCACUGGAGAGUUGCUCCAGCAGCGCCUUCUCUGGUGAUGGAGAGAAGAAGUGGGUCCCCAAGGCCGGGGAGGCCUGGCGGGAGGGACCUGGAGCCCCGACAGGUGGCCCAAGAGACCCAGCCACGCCCAGCCAGCCGCCUGCGGAUGCCAUCUCCCCAGGGGGCCUGAGCAGCCCCAGAGCACCCAAACCCGAGCAGCCCGUGGCACUGGAGAGCUGCUCCAGCAGCGUGAGAAGCCCCUCGAGCUGCUCGGUCACCGUGAUGGUUUCCACUGCUGCCGAGGAGCCCCACGUUUAUAUUCCAGCCCCUCCGAGUGAACAGGACUCCAGCUCAGUCAACAAAGGGUUCCUCUUUGUGAAGGAGUACAUGAAUGCUAGUGAAGUAUCUUCCGGAAAGCCACCAUCUUCCUGCUACAGCAGCAUCAGUGGCAUCGAGGACUCAUUCAACAUGGAGAAGAAGCCUGCGUAUGAUGGCACUCUGGACUCUGAGAGAGUGACUGCGGGCAUCUGUACUUACUGCAGCCGUGAGAUACGGGACUGUCCAAAGAUUACCCUGGAACAUCUGGGCAUCUGCUGCCAUGAGUACUGCUUUAAGUGUGGGAUCUGCAGUAAACCCAUGGGGGACCUCCUGGACCAGAUCUUCCUUCACCGCGACACCGUCCACUGUGGGAAAUGCUACGAGAAGCUCUUCUAGGCCAAGAAGAAGCUGAUGACUCCCGGACAAGCUUGGCUGUUCCCAGCUGCCCCAAGUUGCUGGCUCCCCGCCCCUCACUUCUCCUUCCCCAUUGGACUUCUUCCUGCUUUUGCCCUUUUGAAUUGGCUGACACCCAGUAGUGUUGACGACGCUGUGAUAAUGACUUGGGUCUGUAGCCUUUUAUAGUUUACAGAGCACUUCCCAUCCAUGAUCUUAGUUCAGGCACCAUCAAAGAGGAUUGAGCAAGGAUCCCCUCUCGGCUUCCUGAUGAGUGUAGGCAGCCCCAGACCUCAGGCAUGGGUGGGAGUUUGGGGUUUCACGUGUCCUGACCCAGGGAGCCACCAAGAGUGACCGAGCACCUGCCACCUUCUGGCAGGGGCAGAAAGAGACUCCCCUGGGGCUUCUGAGGGCCGAGCUGAAGACUCUUGACGAUCCCUGACGGGUAAACAGCGGGCAUUGAAUGCUAAGGAUUGGCAUGGCUAAUGUUUAGCUUGUUUGCCAUACUAUUUGUUUUUAAUUUCCCAUAUGCUUUUUAAAAUAGUUGCUUUUGAUUGAGUUAUACAGCAGAUUCUAAUGACUUCCCCCCAGCUACCCUUCACUAUAUUUUGAGUUUUUCCAGGCGGAAACGUGGGCAUGUAUUGCACACUUUGCACAAUUGGAUUUAAGUUCUGCACUAUGUAAUCCUAGGAGGCUCCUGACCUAAGGGACAGCUGUGUCUGUUGGAAUCUUCACGGCUAGUAACACCUUUGCCCUCAGUUCCCGGCCCUCAAGCUUGACACAGAAAUCCUCUCAAGUGGGUCUGAGGGUGUAUAGACCCCAGCAGGAUUAAGAAGGGAGACGAGCAACUAAGCUUUCUUGGGCCUUGCUGCAAAACCAGGCAUUAGGAUAAAAUGAUAAUAAUUGACCCCAUAAGUAAUCCUGUGAAGAGGGUGUUCCUGUCUCCAUUUUCACAGGUGAGGAGACGGAGGCUCAGGGAGGUGGCCAUUGCAUUGCCCUGUGCAGAACCACUGCCAUCCCUCCUCGGAGCCCACGCCCUCUCCAGUCACACAACCACAGUAGCGAGUGUUCAGUUAGUGCAUGGUAUGUGCUGGGCACUGUGUGCAGGUUACCUGAUCCCUAUCAGGUAAUGGCCCCCUGCCCCAGUCCCUCCCCAAGGCAUCCUGGACCUGCCAGUGAGUACGGCCAGGGCCAUAGUGCCCAUCAAAUGCCCCAGAACUGACCUUCCAUAGGAGGAGCUUAUCAAUCCAGGGAAAGCCCCCGUGGGCCCACAGACCUGAGCAGAGGGCUCUCUGUGACCUCCCUUUUCCAGUCCAGGCUCUGUCCCAAAGUACUGGUGACCAACAGAGUCCGAAGGCAGGAACUCCUUGGCUGGCUGGGCAAGGGCAGGCCCUUUCACACAGUCAGCUGGGGCCCAGCGUUGCUUUGUCAGCUCUUUAGGGGGACCAUUAGUUUCUCUGAUGACCAGUGAGGGCCUUUCCUUGAUUUAAUUGUAAAAUACCUCUCUGUCUCUCUCUGGUUUCUGAGCCCUGUGCACACUGGCUUGUGGACUUCUUCCCAUUUAUCUGUAUAGUCCUCCCCGGACUGAGGCUGAACCCUCAAGCCUCACCUAGCAUGUGCAGAGGGGGUGUGCGAAGGGCCUUUGGGAGUCAGGUGCCAGGCCUGGGACCUUGUGCGGGCCCAGCUGAUGGAAGUAGGCUCAGGAGGCCUGAGGGAGGCUGACUUCCCUCCUUUAAGGUACACCUUGCUUUUGAGGGGCUUUUAAAACCAAUAUGCAAGACGUUGAAAGACAGCUUGCAGGGUCAACAUCGAUUUUGAUCCAGGACAAUCUCCUUAAUGUCUAAAAAGGCACAGAAUUCUGCAGGCCCAAGGAAGAAGGCAGUUGCGUUACAUUUUUGCUUCUUUUUCCUUGUCUAGUGUUUUCUAAUCCUACUUGCUUAGCCCAUGUUAACAUAUGCAAUUCUAAUAAAUGUUAAGAUAUUACAUGCAUGUUCCCUUUUUAAGCAUAAUAAUUCUGUGGGUUGGGAUGUGAGAUUUCUUUUCUCCUAUUACCUCUAGCCAUUCUCUCUUCAAAAGGAAAGAAAAGCUUUAAGAAGUAUCAAAUCAAAAAAGAAGAAAGGGCAAGAUCUAGAAACUGGGCAAUGUACACUGAGUGUGGAAUGCCAGACAAUUCUUUUUUUCUUUAAUUUUAGUAAUAUAUAUUUUCUAUAACUUGAUCUAUGCAAAAUGUCAUCAAUUUAACGUGUAACAGAUUUUAAAAUACUGA